CAAAUUAUCAAACAUCGGCCCGAUACGCAGCGCGGUCGCGCGCCCGCGUUUGUGAUUAACCCCGAUCUCGCGGGCCGCGUCCGGUGUGCCUCCGCGACGCGGGUCAGCGCCUUCGCCGACGCCGAGAGAGCCCGUCCGCCACACGGCCAUGUUUGCCGAGGUGAUAUCGUGCCGCUCUUCCCACACACGGAUGCGCCGCGCCGCGCGUCUCAUCUCCGACGGCAAUCGGGGAACCCGCGGCUUCCUGCCGCGGUCGCGAUCCCCGCGGCGCGGUGCCUCGCGCGGGCCGCGGUGCCGACGCUCGCGCGCGCACCGUCCCGUCUCGGGCAGCGUGUGUCGCGAAGCGCGCGCGAAUCUGCGGCGAUCCUCGGGACGCGCGGCCAUGCCUUCCACGCGUCGACGACGCUCGACACGCUCGCGUGUCUCCCGUCUCGCUUCGCUUCGCCGCGCCUCCCCUCGCCACGCGACGAGCGAGCGAGAGGCGCGACUUCGAUAUCGCGCGCGCAAGCGAGCUCGCACGUGGUCUACGCGCGAAAAACGACGAUGGCUCGACGCCACGUCGGCGGCGAGCUGCUCUCACGCUCGCUGCCGCUUCGUCAAUUCCGCACGCCGUUAAUCUGAUGAACUGUUGCGGCACGAUGCGAGUUGGACAACGAUGUCACAUGACGCUGGGUUUUUUCUUGGACUGCGCCAAAGUUUCCCUUUUCGAACUAAUACAACGUUAUGCAAGAGUUCGCGAUGGAGCAGCUCGGCGAAGGGCAGGCAGUUGUGGUCGGCAGCACUGGUGGGACUGUACAGGUGGUUCAAAUGGGCCAGGGUGGACAAGCUAUGAUGCUUCCACAGGCAAUACAAGUGGCAGCGCCCAACGGACAGAUCCAAGUUGUCCCAGUCUCUAGCCUGACCAGCACUGGUCAGCAGAUAGUUAUUCAGCAGCCACAGACACCACAAAUCAUUCAGACUCCUGAUGGACAGACAUACAUCUAUCAACCUGUACAAUUGGAAGGCCAAGUGCAACAAGCACAACCAACAGUGAUAAAUCUCAAUGGCAAUAUCAUGCAAAUCGGUGGUACAACGUCACAAACUGCAACUACUGCAGCUACUACAACUCCGGUACAACCUUUGGGCAGUCCCACAUCAACAGUGUCACAAGCGGGGAAUGUUGUCAUGAUGGUACCAGGUAACAGUGGACAACCACAGUAUCAAAGAGUUCAGUUACCCAAUGCAGAACUUCUCGAAGAAGAGCCUCUCUAUGUCAAUGCAAAACAGUACAGACGGAUACUGAAGCGUCGUCAAGCCCGUGCUAAAUUAGAGGCUGAAGGAAAGAUACCUAAAGAAAGGCCAAAAUACCUUCACGAAUCUCGUCAUCGACACGCGAUGAACAGAAUUCGUGGCGAGGGUGGCCGUUUCCAUUCAGGUCAGGUUAAGAAACGAAAAUAUUUGAGCACCUGAAUAUGUAUAUAUCUCUGACUCGGACAUAUUGUGAUGUUUGCAGUUAUCAAACAUGAAUUUCGAAGACAUACUGACUCUGCAGGAUUGUUAUUUAAUUUCUUUCAUCUUAAAAUUUUAAGCUAAACUUUAACCCUUUAGUAUUAUCCAGUUUAUAAAUUUCAGAUUUCUUUAUUAUCUUUUAUUAUUGUUUCACGUUUAUUUGUCAAACAUUAUAAUUUUAAAUAUACAUUAAUUCAUGAUAAAUAUUUCGAAUGCACUUGCGAUUAAUUUAACCCUUAGCUGGCAUCGUGGGAUCCAGCUGAUCCCAGCUUAAUUUAGCUUCAAUUUACUCUCCCUUAUCGUUCAAGAAUUAUACUUGUGGCGCUAUUUAUUAUUAGUUCGAAGAAUAAUCCUCAAUUCCCUCGAGCAUAGAGAGUAAUCUCAAUAGUGUCAGUUUAGCUGUGGCAGCCGAACAAAACGGAAUGCGGUCCGCAGAGACCUGUGUGCCAAUAACGAUUAUUAACGAACAAUUUUUUUUCAAAGUAUAGUAUAUUCGGGAGGCUUCAGGUAUUGUUAGCUCUUAAUAUGAAACAAAAAAGUAUAAAUUUUUAAAUUAGUCAUUUUCGUUUUUUCCAUUUUUAAUUUUUUUUUUAUGUCCAAAAUUAUAUUUUGUCAAAAUAAACUCCGAAAUUUUCUAAAAUAAUAUUUGAAGACUAUUUCAUAUUUUUUUCAAAUGAUAAAAAUUAAUAGCUAUUUUACAGUACACCUUUUAGUAUUUAGGGUCUGAAAGAUCCAUGGUGCCAGCUCUGAUGAAGUUUAAGGAUUAAAUAAUAAAGAAUUAAGUAAUAGAAGAUUAUAAUGAUCACUUAUAAUUGAUUGUUUAAGUAGUCGGACGAUAUUUUAAUAUUAGUAUGUUGCAUUUGUCGACACCCUUAGUUCUUAACUCACUUCUUGUAGGAUGUAUAUCUCAAAUCGCAUAAGUGACAUUUGGUUACGUUCCGAAAACAACCGUUGCACAAAGUUAAGUAAUUCGCUAAUAUAAUUGGUCUAAAUUUAGAGAUCUAACAGUAAGGACCAAUAAUCACUGUGUUUUCUGAACGUAACCAAUUAUUCUUACAAUCAUAUCAAGAACAGGUUAUGCCGAAUUUGUUUGUAAAUUAACGGUUCAUAUACUAUUGUACUAUAUUUUUGUUGCCUUUUCCUUCAAAUCCCCCCCCCCCCCCUUAAAUUCGAUAUGCAGUCAUAACAAACGUCUCUUUAUUGCGCAUCACAUUGCUAUUAGACAAAUUUUUUUAGAUCCAUUUUAUAACUCUUAAUGACAGUGUCGAUAUUGUUAUAUUACCAUUGCGCAAUUUUCUACCAUAUAAAAUAUCUGCACAACGACAUAAAAUGAUAUCGAUGGUGUCGUUAAGAAUUACAGAAUAAGGUCACAAUAGCCUUUGGUUAUACCGCAGUUUGUUAAGAAAAGUAUUUAUUUACUACAAUUUCAAAGUCUUAUGAAAUUUUAGUAAACAUGAAGAUGUUUACCAGCAAGCUUAUACAUAUAUGAAAUAUCGAGUUUAUAUUUGUCAGAAAUUAUUUUGUAAAAUAAAUACUAAGUUUAAAUAUGUAAAUAAUUAUAUAAAAAUGUGAACGAUAUUGUGUGUGACAUACAUGCGUGUGUGUUGGUACGAAUGUAUGAUGUAUACAUAUAGUGAUCGAAUAAUUAAUUACUUUAUCCUAAAAACAUGUGAGAUUGAAGUUAAAAACUUAAAAUGUAUUAUAAUAUAUAUGAACACAAUAUGAAUUAUGUUUUAUAACAA